AUGACAUUCCGUCCCCCAUCCCCUUCAGCCCAGUCAUCGAUUGCUUCUGGCACCGAAAAGUCUUCCGCUGUGAGGUCCUCGAGAUCCCAACACUCAGUCUGGGGUGCUCCGAGCUCACAUUCGGGUCAGCGUCGCGGCUUGACUCCGCUUUCGACUACCAACAUAUCGUCUUCGACCGCCCCUCCUCUCUCAUCUCCCUUUUCAGGCAUUCUUAGCUCGAGCAUUCGCUCCACUCGAAAACCUCCGUCUCCAGCUACAACUCCGUCAGCUUUUAACUUUCAACAUCCUGGCUCGCAGCCACUGUCGCAUACUGCACAUUCUCUGUCUUCUCCCCCGAAGUCCAGAGCUAUCACUCCCUCUGCGGGCGCUCAUCUGGCUUACUCUGCCAGUAACGCCUUAGGAGGAGGAGGAAGCGGGGGAGGCGGUGGAUUGGGAUCUUCACGAGGUGUCAACUUCUCUCCGCUACUCUCAGGUCCGACGGUGAACUCCCCUACUGGAUUUGCAUCGGACAAGCCAGGCUCUGCCGUGAGCUCGAGUCAAUCGUCUCUUACAAAAAUAUCUAUCGCUCAAGUCUUUCUGCUUCUGGACUCCAUUACAGAAAAAGAAGGAAAGGAAAAGUGGGAAGUUAAAGCGGCGCAGAUUUAUAAACUUGUCGAAUCCAACGGUAUGGAGGUGUUUUCAAAAUACUUUCGCCGCCUUCUCACAGGUAACGCGCCUCAAAUCUUUCCUGGAAUCAACAAGGUUGUUGAAAAUGCGGGGAAUUAUCCACUCCUCGUCCAAGAGAUGCAAAAGGUAUCUCAAGACUUAGAUCAGGCGCAGAAGAUUGCAGAAACCAUCGAUACCUCAGAAGGCGAUAUCUUCCGUGACUUUGAUCUCUCAACAUUCCUUGACCAUUUCAAGCUUGAUGCAAUUGUCAAAGUGUCCCUUGCUUUAGCUUUCAAAUUUGCAAGCAGAUCGGAUUUACGGGCAAAAGCGGAUGCGAUUUUGACUAACACCGUACCUCAUUUUCUACAUAGCUUAUUGAACCCAACUGAAACAACAAAGGAUUUCAGCGCCGCGUAUAUCGGCCUAACCAUCGAACGAUUCAUCUUGUUUCCUCCACGAAAUUUCGAUGACGAGGUGAAAAGCAGACUCGUCCAGGCAGCAACCAUGCGCUAUCGGAACCAAGCCCUCGAAUUGCCCUUGGACGUGUUCAACGCAUUACAAAUGUUUGACCUUGGCAGUUCUCGAAUGGCUGUUAUUCGGCAGCUACAUUCUAGAGGGCCCAAAGCAACAGCAUCUUUGGAAGCCGUCAACGAAGUUAUGGCGUCUUGUGGAUCUGAGAGCUGGGGCGAAGAACACGUUGGAAAUGCCCUGGUUUUCAUGCUUCUAUCGCAAUAUGGACAAUCAUAUUCCUUGGAAAAAUUUUUACGAGCGGUCAAAUCGCAUUACUCCGAUAAAGCCAUCAAUUGGUCACUGGUCUUCCGGGUCUUUGAUCGCGAGUCAUUGAGAAUCACGCCUGGCCAAUUCAACAAGCUUUACUCUGCAUUGCUAAGCAUCGCAGGUGAUGACACUAGUCUCGAUGUCCAGAGAUUAUGGGGUGGCGACUGGAAGAACAGGCAAACUCAGAUCUCGUUUCUUACGGCUUACCUCAAUUCGCGCAUUGAUCCGUCUCAAAUCCCCAAUUUCCGUGCAUCGUUUCCACAGGACUUGUUUGAGGAUGCUCCUGAUGCUGUUCGUAUGCAGGCAGAGCUUGCCGAAAAGUCACCGAUCCGGUCCGUCGAUGCCAUCAAGGCGAUCUUUGAUCUAGCCUUGUUCUCUCAGGCUUCUUGGAAUUCUCCAGAAAGCGCCCCAUUGAUAAAGAUCGUCCUAUCCCAGGACUUGCCAGUAUUUUUGCUCUCCGCCCUGGCAGUUCCUCAACCGUGGACGGCUAUCCAGCAAAGCCUUGUGCUGCGUACACUAGCCUUUUUCAUACUCAGACAAGAGGAAGGUUACCAACUUGCUUUGUACGGUGUAUGGAAGCAAGAUCGGCAAUGGCUUGCAGAGCAACUUUUCACUAUGUUCACACAAGAUCCGACAUCGACCGCGGCUAUCUACGAAAAUGCCGUCGAAUAUGGAUGGUUGGAAUAUCUUUUGAGUUUUGCAAAUGGCCUUGCCCUCGACCUUGCCUCCCUAGCUCAUCGUAAGGGCGAUUUCGAUCUCGAAGCAUGGGUGAGAAGCGCAGCUCAAAAGGGACAGAUGGAUAUGGGUAGUCUGCUCUCGAAAUUUCUUCGCAUCAAGGCCGAGGACGAACUUCAAGCACAUCGGCCAGAGCAAGCUGCUCCACAGAUGGUCAGCCUUGCUGUGAAGACAGUCUAUACAUUACUCACAAUAUUGGAAGAGUACGUCGGAGACCGUGAGAACUUGACGCCUGUUCAACGUAUUUGUGUUCAAACGUAUCCCCGGCUUAUCAAUUACGGGGAAGGGUUUGAUGACAUCAUUGAUGCCAAUGGUGAGAAAAGCAACGCCAUUCCCAAAGCCAUUGAUGAGAAAAUGCAGGAACUGUUUGGCCGGAUGUACCACGAGGAGCUUUCGCUUCGCGAAAUGCUUGAACUCAUGCGACGGUACAAGACAUCAAGAGACCCAGCAGAGCAAGAUCUUUUCACGUGCAUGGUUCAUGGUCUGAUCGACGAGUACCAUUGUUACCACGAAUAUCCAUUGGAGGCCUUGACCAAGACUGCAGUCAUGUUUGGAGGAAUCAUUAAUUUCCGGCUGAUUGAUGGCAUUCCUCUCAAGGUUGGACUGGGUAUGAUCCUAGAGGCUGUUCGUGAUCAUCAGCCACAUGAUCCUAUGUAUAAGUUUGGUGUGGAGGCGAUCGAACAACUAGUGAGUCGAUUGCCGGAAUGGGUCGGAUUCUGUCACCUACUUCUACAGAUUCCAAGUCUUCAUGGAACCCCUAUCUCUCAAAAAGCCGAGGAAGUCUUGAUGGAGCAAGGCCACCAACCAGCAAAUGAUACCGGCCCGGCUAGAGUCAACGGUGAUGGUGCCACCAAUGGUGACCUGGAAGAUACCGACUCCUCUCGUGUGUUCCGCUCGUUGCAUGUCGGCCCACCGUUGCGCCCUGAAAUCUACGAAGACCCCGAUGAGGAAGUACAAGACAAGAUCUUGUUUGUUCUGAAUAACGUCUCAGAACAAAACAUUGAAGACAAAUUGCGAGAUUUGAGAGAUGUGCUAAGAGACGAACAUUAUCAGUGGUUCGCUGCGUAUCUUGUUGAACAGCGGGCAAAGCUACAACCGAAUUUUCAGCAGCUGUACCUUGACCUUCUAGAACUCAUCGGCAACCGAACGCUCUGGGCAGAAGUCCUUCGCGAAACCUAUGUUAGCUCUAUACGUUUGUUGAAUGCAGAAACUACUGUGAACUCGUCAACCGAACGUAGCCAUUUGAAGAAUCUUGGUGCUUGGUUAGGUUUAUUGACUAUUGCCAAAGACAAGCCUAUCAAGCACAAAAACAUCUACUUCAAAGGACUGCUUAUGGAAGGCUACGACAACCAGCGUCUGAUGGUCGUUAUCCCCUUCACUUGCAAGGUCCUGCUCCAAGCCGUCAAAUCAACAGUCUUCAAACCACCAAAUCCAUGGCUGAUGGACAUUAUCGGCCUCUUGAUAGAGCUAUAUCAUUAUGCAGAGCUGAAGCUUAACCUCAAGUUUGAGAUCGAAGUACUUUGCAAAGACCUCGAUCUAGACCAUAAGUCCAUUGAACCUGCCUCCGAUAUCCGGGAUCGCUCACAGCAAGGCGAAGAAGUCAUAUCAGCAGCUAACAUACCAGAAGGAUUGGAAGUGUUCGAGGAUAUGACUUUAGCUGGCAUCAACCCAGCGAUUAGAACUGAGCGGUUGUCCCCUGCUGCUAUUUUGUCAAGCCUCCCUAGCUUGGACAAGAUUUUGGUAUUCCCAUCUUCCGCGAGCAGUAUGGUCGACCCCAGCAUUCUGCGCCAGAUUGUACAUACUGCCGUCGAGCGUGCUAUUGCUGAAAUCAUUGCACCGGUUGUUGAACGCUCAAUCGCUAUCGCCUCGAUAUCUACGGUCCAGCUCAUCUCAAAGGACUAUGCAAUGGAACCAGAUGAAGAGAAGGUACGACAUGCCGCGAGAACAAUGGUACGCCAGCUCGCAGGUAGCUUGGCUCUUGUAACAUGCAAAGAACCCCUCAAAAUGAGUAUGACGAACUACAUCCGCAUGAUCCAACAGGAAUAUUCUGAACAACCCAUGCCCGAAGGUCUCAUUCUGAUGUGUGUCAAUGACAACCUUGAUGCUGCAUGCGGUAUUGUCGAGAAGGCUGCUGAGGAAAAGUCCGUACCUGAGAUUGAAAAGAUUAUCGAGCCACAGCUAGAGGCACGCCGUCGUCACAAAGCCGCCAGACCCAAUGACCCUUUCAUUGAUCCUUCUUCAAUGAAUCGAUGGGGAAUGCUAAUCCCUGAGCCCUACCGUCAGAUCCCUGGUGGAUUGAACAAAGAGCAACUGGCUAUCUACGAAGACUUCGCUCGACAGACUAAAGGACCAGCUUCGAGCCACCUGCAAAACGCAUCGACCGAUUCUGGCCGACAGUUACCUGAUGUUCUUCAGGAAUCUUACCCAGCAAUUCCCAACCUCUCCACUCCCGCAGAGCCACCGGCAGUACCUCAUCAAGCGACACAGCCUCAACAAGAUAGUCGCCUACCACAACCCUCUGCAGUUGGCGCGCAAUCUCAAUUGAAUGGUUUCCUCGACAGUCAGAAUCCUCGUGAAAAGGUGGAAAUUCUCAUCACGGGUCUCCAACAGGAUGCUCGAAGCGCUUCAGAGGAACACAUCAAGGAUUUGGGCCGAGACAGUCCUGUCAUUCAAGAUUACAACCAGAUCUUGCGCACGAUCAUAAGUUCCCCCAGUGGCGAAGAUUUCGCCAGGUUGACAUGUCUGAAGAUUUGCACCAGUCUCUACUCACAGACAGAGAGUCCCCUUGAGAUUGAGGUUCUCGUUAGCUUGCUUGCCAAGAUUUGUGACAUGUCCUCGAUUGUGGCAAGAUAUACUUGGGCCAUUCUCUCGGAUGUUGAUGACGAGCACAUGUUUAACGUCCCAAUCACCGUUGCUCUUAUCGAUGCCGGAUUACUCGAUCUUCGACGCGUGGAUAUGUUGCUUAACAAACUAAUUCUUCAGAAGAAUAACAGUGCCUUGGAUCUGCUGGCAAGCUUGAUGGAUCGUGUUUUAUUUAACGAUGAACCAUCAGCCUUGAGAUCAGACUUCUCCGGCAGUCUUGAAGCAAUGAACCAGUGGCUUGUCGAAGAGCCAGACCUUGCGGUUGCUGUUGACAUUAUUCGCAAGCUACGUGAGUCUGGAGUUUCAGAGGUCGUGAACCCUUACUUGAGUGACAAGGCGAGAGCCAAGCGUGACCAGAUGGAGUAUAUCUUUAGCGAGUGGAUUGGCGUCUAUAAAUUUGCUGGUGCUACAGAUCGCACCUUCCAGUCAUUCCUCAAGGAUCUGCAUAACAGACAAGUGAUGAACAGCCAAGAAGACUCGGCACUGUUCUUCAGAUUGAGCGUGGACAUCUCAGUGGCGAUGUUUGAACACGAGUCUCAAAACCCCAACGGCAGUCUUGAUGAGGCAUUCCUAUAUAUUGACGCUCUUGCCAAGCUAGUUAUACUACUUGUUAAAUUCCAGGGCGAAACCACUGGUGCAGUCAAGGGUUCCAAGCCAGCCUACCUUGAUUCGGUUCUGUCUUUGUUGGUGCUGGUUCUCAAUCACCACCAAGUCAUGCGGGGCGACGCUUUCAACCAGCGAGUCUUCUUCAGGCUCUUUUCAAGCAUUCUCUGUGAAUAUUCUCUCUCUGGUCUUCAUAUGAGUGAUCAGCACCAGGAGAUGAUGUUCGCGUUUGCUAGUCGAUUCCUGUCCCUCCAGCCAAAGUAUGUACCAACCUUUGUGUAUGGUUGGUUGUCUCUUGUCUCCCACCGUGUGUUUAUGUCAGGCAUGUUGAACAUGCGUGAUGAAGCGGGCUGGGCACCAUACUGUGAAAUUAUGCAGGUUCUCCUAUCCUAUAUGGGCGAACAGCUGAAGCCAGGAAACAUCUCUUAUGUUGCCAAGGACCUCUACAAGGGCGUGCUGAGAAUUCUCCUCAUACUACACCACGACUUUCCAGAAUUCGUAGCAGAAAAUCACUUCCAAUUCUGCAACGUGAUCCCCGCUCACUGCGCUCAGUUGCGCAAUCUUAUUCUCAGCGCCUACCCAUCGUCUUUCCAUAAGCUUCCAGAUCCAUUCCGCGAAGGACUAAAGCUGGACCGACUUCAGGAAAUGCGGGAAGCUCCAAAGAUCACAGGCGAUAUCGUUACGCCUCUGCAACAGGCAAAUCUCAAGAACGUCCUUGACACAUCAUUCCAGAGCAAUGUGGUAAACGAUAGUACCAUUCAAGCGAUCUGCGAUGCCCUGUACAAAAUAGCCGAUAAGGAGACAGGUCUUUUCAUGACCCCCAUCCAUGUUGAUGUUGUUUUGAUCAACGCAUUGGUUCUCUACAUUGGUGAACAGGCUGUAGCAUCUGGCGGAUUGAAAGGGAACACACGUGCUGCCUUCGAGGAGUCUCCUCACUCUAUGCUACUCGAUAAGCUAGCCAAGGUCCUCGGUCCAGAGGCUCGGUACUACCUGCUCAGCGCGAUGGCAAAUCAGCUGCGAUAUCCCAAUAGCCACACUUAUUACUUCAGCUUUGCGAUUCUCCAGCUAUUCGGAAUCGACUACGCUGAACAACAGGAGUCUGAUAUUCGUCAGCAGAUCAUUCGUGUUCUGCUAGAACGGCUGAUUGUUCACCGGCCACACCCUUGGGGUCUGAUCAUUACUCUCCAGGAACUGCUCCAGAACCGCAGCUACACAUUCUUCAGACUGCCCUUCAUCCAAGCAGCACCAGAGAUUGGCCGUCUCUUCGACGCUCUUCUUCAACAUAUACAACAGCAGAGCCCUCGCGUUCUAUCUUAA